UUUUCACCAAAAAGAAAAAAAGAAAAAAAAAAGAAGCGAAUGCAAAGUCCGAGUUCGGAGUUCUGACCCCGACACUCUCUUUUGCAGACUUUCUCUCUCUCUCUCUCUCUCUCUCUCUCUCUCACACACACACACACACAGCUCUGGUGCUUUCUUUUUGGUUUCUAUUGUUUCAUCCAAAUUCUUGUCCUUGAUAAAAUCGUUCUGCUCUGUUUUUUUUAUUUUCCUUCAUACACAAUAAUUCGCAUUUGGCAAAGCUCCUUAUCUAGUCCCAACUCAACUCAAUCGAGUCCAACCCAGUUCAGCAAGUUGCACAGGGAGGGCUUUCUUCAUAGUUCUUCACACCUUUACAUUCGGGUUAUAUACUCUUGCUAGAUAUUGAAGAGGUGUGUGUAAAGAACUGCAAAAUGGUGAUUAAAAUGCUUCUGCAAAACCUUAAUUAUAGUAAUCAUCGAGUGGAUGCUCCGCUGCCCCUUCAGUACUUUAUUCGAAACUUUUCACUCUGGUCAAUGAAAAAGGAUCCAGAUCUCGAGUCGGCUCUGUCUAGAAAUCGUCGAUGGAUAGUCAAUAAUCAGAUCAAGAACAUAAUUCUUCGAUGCCCAAACCAGGCAGCAUCUGUGAAAUUCCUGCAGAAGAAAUUCAAGACCCUUGAUCUCCAAGGAAAAGCUAUAAAUUGGCUUAAAAAAUACCCGUGCUGCUUUGAAGUUUAUCUUGUUGGUGACGAGUACUAUUGCCGGCUAACAAAACGGAUGAUGUUUUUGAUAGAAGAGGAAGAAUCUGUCAAAGAUAAUCAGGAACCGAUAUUUGUUGAUAGAUUGGCAAAGUUGCUUAUGAUGAGCUUGAAUCAUAGACUCAAUGUUAUGAAACUUAAUGAAUUAAAGAGGAACUUUGGUUUUCCAGAUGACUAUCUAAUUAGAAUUGUGCCGAAGUACUCGGAUAUGUUCCGGAUAGUUAAUUAUAGUGGGAGACGGAGUUCAAUGGAAAUUGAACUGGUUUCUUGGAACCCUGAUUUAGCAGUUUCCACAGUUGAAGCCUCUGCUCGGAAGCAUGGUUCUCAGCCAUGUUUUUCAUGUUCAUUGCCCUCAACUUGGGUGAAGUCAUGGGAAAGGUUUCAUGAAUUUAAUGCAUCUCCUUAUAUUUCACCCUACUUGGACCCCAGAGGUUUAUUGGAGGGAUCGAAGGAGUCGGAGAAGAGGACUGUGGGCUUGGUGCACGAGUUAUUGUCGUUGACACUGUGGAAGAAAGUGUCAAUAGUGAAGCUAGGCCAUUUUAGGAGAGAGUUUGGCAUGCCAGAGAAAUUGAAUGUUCUGCUGCUUAAGCACCCUGGCAUAUUUUAUGUUUCAAAUAAGUAUCAAAUAUAUACUGUACUUCUUAGAGAGGGAUAUAAUGGGUCAGAACUAAUAGAUAAAGAUCCUCUAGUUGUUGUGAAGGAAAGAUUUGGGGAGCUAAUGCAGGAGGGACUUCAUGAAUAUAAUAAGAGGCACUAUUUGGUGAAUUUAGAGAAGAGAAAGAAAGACAUGGUUUUAGGUAGAUUAAACAAAAGCAAGGAUAGAAACUCUGAAAUGUCUGAAAAUGAUGACCAGGGAGACAAGUUAGGAGGUCUGUUUGACCCAGAAGAAAGAAAACGGUUUUAUAAAAUUCUCUUUGAUGAUGUUGUUCCAUAAACUUCAAUGGAGAUUUGAAGUACUAGAUGAGGGAUUGAGUGAUGAUGAUGAGGGUGGUGGUCAAAGCCUUCAAGGUCAUCUGUGAUGAACUAGCUGCUAUACACAAACCUGUUGAUGAUGCAGACAAAGUCAACUGGGCCCUCAAUGGACUUGGAAGCAAGUAUGACAACCUUGUCAUAGCCAUGCAGAGGUCGACGGUCUUCAAACAGUUGUAGUCAAGGAUAUUGUGGAGGUGGCAACUUUAAUCCAAAUGGACAGCUUUACUCAAUCUCACUACAGUUGGGCUCAACAGCCUACUUCUUGAGGCACCUUGAAAGGACUAGUUGGACAAACACAACAAUGUACUCAACAGCUGAAUCACAAUGCUCAAAAGGACAUGGCUUUACUCAAUCUCACUACACUUGGGCUCAACAGCCUACUUCUUAGGUACCUCGAAAAGACUAGUUGGACAAACACAACAACGUGUUCAACAGCUGAAUCACAAUGCUCAAAAGGACAUGGCUUUACUCAAUCUCACUACACUUGGGCUCAACAGCCUACUUCUUAGGUACCUCGAAAAGACUAGUUGGACAAACACAACAACGUGUUCAACAGCUGAAUCACAAUGCUCAAAAGCAAAAGGUGAUUGUUAUACAUCAAAUAUGUGAGAAACCAGGACAUAAAGCUAUCAGUUGUUGAAAUAGAUACAAUCAUGCCUAUCAAGAUGAAGAGAUCCCCAUAAGCCGUGGCAGUAAUGGCUUUCUCUGAUCCACAAGAUCUUGAAUGGAUUCCUAGGUCAGGUGCAACCUCUCAUGACUAAUGAUACGGGUAAACUCCACUCACUUUACCCUUAUUGAGGUUCAGAUAUAACUAUUAUUUGUGACGGGAAGAGUAUAAAAUCACUCAAGUUGGAAAUAUGUCUAUAUCUACUCCAUAUGGAUUACAGGAUCUUAAAAAUGUUCUGUUGGUGUUGAAUAUUACAAAGAAUUUGCUUUCUGUUGGAAAACUUAUUGAUAAUUUAUUUUGUGUCACCAUUUUCUCAUCCAAUGGCUUUGUGAUUAGAGAUGAGAAAACAUAGAAGAGAUUGCCUCAUGGUCAUGGAAAAGGUGGUCUUUGCAUGUGGGAGGAAGCAUAUGCUUUGUUCUCUACAAAUGAAAGCUUUAGAGAAGAUUUGGCACCAACAGUCAGGAAACCCUAUACAAAAAUUAUUUACUAUCUUAAGCAAAAAUCCAUUUGUUGAAGUUAGAUGGUUAAAACUUGUAAACUUCCAUAUCUUGUUGACAAGGCACAUAGUGAUUUUCCACUACAUAAGAUACAUUGUGAUCUAUGGUGCAUGGCACCAAUUACUUCUGUCCAAAUUUUUUGAUACUA